ACGCACCAAUAUACUAUACAGUGCGUUUUUUCGCUUCCCCCAAUUGGAAAAUUCAUCGUUCUUUAUUUUGAAAUGUGCAACGUUCGAAUUGAAUCUUUUGAAUUUUCAGUUUCAUUUGUACGAUACUCGUCGUUGAAUACGGAUUGCUCUAUAGGAUUCGGAUACCCUCAAAAUAUUCAAAGUUUCUAGGCCGUAUACCUACAUAAAUACGUGUGUACGCAAUACAACGACAACAACAACGCGAUGGACGGUGAGGCGACACGGUACGCGUCUUAAAAUAGACUUCGACACAUAAUAUAUACUUAGUUUUUGUUUUAUUUUCAUUUUCCUUGUAUCUUUUGGAUUGCAAAAAUCAAAGAUUUUAACUAAACAUGAAUUUGUUUUCAAUGAAAAAUAAACCUAAAUUUUAAGUGAAUGAUUUUCAAAUAAUGUCGCAAUCGAAAAAAUAGUAAAGUUUGUUUCAAACGUAUCAGCACACACCGCCGCGUGCCGUGGUAAAAAAAUAGAGCGAAAAAAGUUUAAAAAUAUGUCUAAAAUUUGGGGAAAUAUAGCUAUUGAAAGAGGCUGAAAAAGCAAUGAAAUUGUGAAACAGUGUAAACCGAAGGAAUAUAAAAUAAAAUAAAAUUUAUCUCAAAACAUAUAGUAUAUACUCGUAUAAACCAAAAAGAAAAAUUAUUGAAAUGAAGCUUUGGAAGUCAAAAAAAGCCAUCAGCUGUGUUCCCGGUAAAUCCAGCAACAGUAGUAACAGUGGCAGUAGCUCCACCAAAAGUGAGGAGAAAUAUGACUCUAAUGGAAUACCGUUAUUGCCGAUUGUUGGGGUUGAAAGAGCCAUGUCUCCGGCCCAAUCAGAGGAUAGUGGAUUAGCUCCUGAACGUGGAUCGACGUAUGCAACAAUCUCCUUGCCUCGGGAAAAUGCCGCUCAAAAUAUGGGAAUCACUUUUGCAGAACGGAACGAUCUGUCGUAUCCACCUGUCAUUGGAACCCUAAGCCCACUGGGUCAUGCGGCCGAUUUCCUGGCGCCUGGCGAUCGCAUCCAUCAAGUGGAUGGCAUCUCGACGAUCGGUCUUAGCAAUCAACACAUAAUGAGUAUGUUGUGCCAUGGUGAUGGGCCAGCUGUAGUUGAGAUUGAAUACUCCCUGCCCGAAUAUCUGUCUCAGAACAGUCUUUGCGUCACUUCAAAGCUGGCGCAAAUCACAGUGGAACGUGAAAGUGGUUGCUUGGGAUUGACGUUACGUGGUGGCAGCGAUUACCCUUUGAUUGUUACUCACGUUCGGCCACAUGGACCUGUUUUUAAAACAGGUCGAAUAAAACCAGGUGAUCGUUUGUUGCGCGUUGACAAUAUUUCCUUGAUUGGCAAAACUUUGGUCGAAGCACAAUCGAUUAUCAAGUGUGGUGGACAUGUAUCGGGAUACACUAAUCUUACCAUUGAGUAUGACGUCUCAGUGAUGCAGAGUGUUGAGUUUUCGAUGGGACCCUUGUUAAUUGAAAUUGAGAGGCCAAUGAAUGAUAAACUGGGAGUCGUGCUAUGUAAUUAUUCAUCGACAAUGCUAAGCGAUCGUUCGAAAAUCGAUGAAGUCAGUCAGGCUGCUGUUUACAUUGCAAGCAUACUACCAGCAAGUAUAGCAGAUCGAUGUGGUGCACUUUCCGUGGGCGAUCAAAUUCUCUCCAUAGACGACACAAUCAUCGAGAACACCGCAUACAGUCCGGACGAAGUGAUGACACUGUUAGAUAGCACAACGGGCCGUGGUUUUACACAAAUGCAAAUUUUACCAGCUCACGCAGUAGCCAGAAGAGGUCACAAUCUCGGAAGUCCAAAAUAUGGAUUCAACACACUUGAGUCAAGAAAAUCCCGUCAAAGACAACGAUUCGCCCGUAAGAGUUCACUGCCCCUUGAAUCUAGUAAUGCAGGCACGAUGCAUUCGAGCAUUGGCAUUUGUCGUGCCGAGACAUUUCAAGUCGUAUUAGAUUGUACACAUGGAUCUGGAAUUAUACUCGGGGCAACAACAUCGUGUGGAAAAGCUGUGACCAUAGCACAAAUUGUUUCGGAUUCAGUGGCUGAUCGUAGUGGCUGUAUUCAAAAAGGCGAUCGCAUAAUUGCGGUGAACAAGAUGUCUUCGCUUGAGGUGAAUACAAUACGGCAAUUGUUAGGGGACGUUGGUCCCCGACCACCGGGCUAUCAAGGCGCCAAUUGGAUAGAACUGGAAAUUGAAUUUGACAUGUCUGAUGCUGUUGUGCCCUCCAGUGGUGUCUUCAAUGUAAAACUACCCAAGACAGGCAAGGGAGGCAUGGGCAUCAGUGUGAAUGGGUCAAGUCACAAUGGUUUUGUUAUAUCCGAGGUUAAGCCGGGAAGUCUGGCUCAUCGAACGGGAUCGGUAAGGGCUGGUGAUGUUCUCCUUGCAGUUGAUAAUCAUCCCCUACAGCAUUUCAAUGUUGAUGCCAUGCUUAAAGAAGGUGGCAAAAAUGAGUACACCACUCUGACAAUCAAACGAAACCUUCUGCCAGACUUUUUGUUUGAUGCACAGCAAAAAAUCAAUCCUAUUUAUAGUAAUUGUGGAACUACUAGCGACCACGAGAUUUACGGUAGCUAUGCUUCAAAGUAUGGUGAAGCUGUCAAAUAUAACGAUUGCAUUUCCAUAAAAUCAACUACUCCACAACCCGAGUAUUUUCGAGCUGAAGAUUCGUAUAAUUCCAGUUCGGUUCAGAUUCGGCAACAUCCUAGUUGGGCCUUGAAAAGUCCAUCGACUCCGCCUUCCAUUGGUCGAACAUUUGGAGCUGAAAAUACAGUCAGUUUGACGACAGAAAUGCCUGACGAUACGUACAAUGAUUUGAGCCCAUAUGAUCUGGAUUAUCCAAAUGAAAGAUUUGCGAGCUCUAUUUAUGCGAACAGUCCCGACUGUAUGGCAAUUCCCCCGCCCAUGGAGAGUAAAAUAUAUGGAACUUCCCACCAUCAAACAAUAUUCACAGUUCGAUUAGAACCAAAAGGUGGCCUUCUGGGCAUAACACUAGCUGGAAGUGAAGAAACGAGCAGUCCAAUAUCAAUUAGUGGCAUGGUUGAAGGUGGCAUAGCAUACAAAACUGGUCAACUUCAAGUGGGAGAUCAGUUGCUUGCCAUCAAUGACGAAUCAGUUCAAGGAAUGCCACUUUCUUAUGCCACAAAAAUGCUACAAAAGCUUAGUGAAAUUGUUGACCUUAAAAUUCUUCGACAACAAGAGUCUUCCAAUGCUUACAGUUUGGACACAGCUUCAUCAAGUAAUCCACAACCACAAGUCAUUUAUGCCAAAGUUCAGCGCAGACCCCGAAGUCCCUCGAGCGGUGAAGAUGUGUCGAAUACAAACAAUAAGGACAGUAAACAUCGAACUUUUCAUGUGACACUCUACAAAGACAAGGUUUACGACGACUACGGAUUCUCCAUUUCCGAUGGUUUGUACGAAAGGGGUGUCUUUAUCAAUAGAAUCCGUUCUGGAGGACCAGCUGAUAUGUGCUCUAUGCUGAAGCCAUUUGAUCGAAUAAUGCAGGUAAAUGAAAUGAAGACCCAGGACUUUGAUUGUUGUCUGACAGUGCCCUUAAUUGCUGCAGCUGGAGAUAAAAUAGAUUUAAUUAUACAACGAUCAGAAUAAAAAAAUCAAAAUUU